CAUUUAAGUGUUUACACUUGACAGUUUAAAUAUCAAAUUUUGAAAAUGAAUUUCUCAAAGAUUUUCUUGUUCGUUUUCGCUUGUGUCAUGGCUUUGACGGCGGUUUCGGGUGCCCCCAGUCCAAAGUGGAAAAUCUUUAAAAAAAUCGAGCGUGUUGGUCAAAACAUAAGAGAUGGUAUCAUAAAAGCCGGCCCAGCAGUACAAGUAGUGGGGCAGGCAGCCACUAUAUACAAAGGAAAAUAGAUCUUAGUUAUUAAAUUUUAGGACUUAAUUUAAUUUAAUUUAUCAAGUCUGAGACUGCCAUUAAUUAGAUU